AUGGACACCAAACAACCCCUCCGCCCUCCCUCCCCCUCCGACCCAGAACCCGACACCGCACCCCCCUCCUACACGGACACAAUAACCUCCCCCUCCUACACCACAACACCGACCUACUACUCCUCCCAAAUCCGCUCCCAACUCACCACCCUCUCCUCCACCAUAACCUCCAUAACAUCCCAACAAACCCUCCUCGCCUCCGCGCGCGAAGAAAACAUCCUCUCGCUCCUAACGACGCAAAUCCAGCUCUUCCUCUCCGCCUUCGCCAACUCCGGGCCCAAAAAGGGGACGCUGAUUCUUGUGCCCGCAGGCGGACUGACGGACGAGAACGCCGUGCCGACGGAUUAUGAUUUUAAGAAUCGCGAUGAGUAUGAUCGGGUGGUGAGGGUGCGGGGGAAGGAUGAGGGGGAGGACGUGUGGUUUUGGAGGGAUGAGGAGAUGGCGGGGAGGUUGGCGAGGUAUCUUAAUCCGCCAGAGUCACAAAAGCCAAAACCAAAACCGUCACGGCCGGUUCCAUCACCAUCAGCACCAGAGCCUUCCGCCUCCCGCUCAUUCUGGUCUCGUAAGAAAUCAAACCCGCCGCCUGCCCCAUUACCAUCUUCUUCUUCUUCCUCUUCUUAUCCACCAGAAAAGGAGUCGAGUAAGGAACCGAGUUCCGGGACAGGAGAUAAUGUGACUAUGAAUGUAACGGCAGAAGAAGUGGUGUUUCGUACGGAAAAUGAUUUUGGGAUUUUUGGGACGGAAAGGGGGUGGGGGAUUGUGUUGAAGUUGGAGGUGGUGAUUGAUGGUGGUAGUAGCGGUGGAGGGAGACAGAUGAGAUGA